GACCAGUGAUGGUGGUCAACACAGAUCAUUUGGAUAAGGCGUAUCAUCAUAUUACGCUUGGAAUAUAAUUUGGAAGAAAGAGAUGCUGUAUUGAUGAUGGGAGAAGCUGCUAGUGCAUCUGCCUCAAGUCCACAGUUGUCACAGUUACAGGUUACAAUACAAUCAGCAAAAUUGACAACAACUGGAGGUAUAUUUUCUUCCAAACCAGAUACAUAUUUAGAACUUAGUGUUGAUGGUCAACCACCAAGGAAAACAGACAUCUCCAAGAAAACAACAACGCCAAAAUGGGAUGAGCAUUUCACUGUGUUGGUGACACCAUACUCAAAGCUAGAAUUUAAAGUGCUAGCUCAAAACAGUAUUCGCACUGAUACAUUGAUAGGACAAUCAUCAGUGGAUGUCUACACGUUGUUGGAGGAAAACCAUGGCAAAUUUAAUAAUACAAAGAAAACAUUUGACUUGAAGCUAGAUGGCAAAGGAAAGAGUGGAGAUGUCACCAUAGUUCUGAAUGGUAUGGAGGUCAACAUGAAAAACUUCCCUUCAAAGAAUUCUACUCCUAAGAUGGCAAACGGCAAUGCAGCUGGCAAGACUAAGUCUGGUCAAACUCCGACCCGUUCAAACCGAAACUCGACAGGUAGUAAUCGACAGAGUACGUCGUCCACUCGUGGUCCUCCCCCACCACGCCCCCCAGCACCUGUGUCGUCGUCAUCAUCGGCAGCUUCAUCUGCCACCUCGGUCGCAUCAGUCACUGCCGCCACCUCGGUCGCAUCAGUCACUGCCGCCACCACUGCAACAACCACUUCAACAUCGGCAGCUGCAACAGCUUCUACGUCAGCAACAGUUUCUGCACCACCAAACACUUCGGCGACUGAUCCUGCUGUGUCGUCUCAAGCAAACGGUACCGAUGUGAAUGCUGCCAGCUCUCAGAUGGGGGAGACAACUCCACCGGCUGGCAAUCCAACAUCGGCUAACAUAGCACAGAAUGCUAACCCGGAGCCCCUUGCUGCUGGCUGGGAAGUCCGAUAUGAUGCCCAUGGCCGGCCAUAUUAUGUUGACCACAAUACAAGGACGACAACGUGGGAACGUCCACAACCACUUCCUCCUGGUUGGGAAAGACGGUUGGAUCCGAGAGGCCGGGCCUACUAUGUAGACCACAACACACGCAAGACCACGUGGCAGAGGCCGAACAUGGAGACCGUACAGAAUCUGCAGAACUAUCAGGAAUGGCGCAACAAUCGCACCCUGGAGCAGCUACAACGGCGAUUCCUCUUCCCACAGGCCACCCAGCAGGACAGUAACGACCCACUAGGACCGCUACCUGAAGGAUGGGAGAAACGAGUUGAUGCCAAUGGCCGUGUGUACUUUGUCAAUCAUAAAAAUAGAACAACCCAGUGGGAGGAUCCAAGAACUCAGGGUAUUAUGCAAGAAGACCCUCUGCCUGAAGGCUGGGAGAUGAGAUACACUGCUGAGGGUGUCAGGUACUUCGUCGAUCACAACACACGCACAACAACAUUCCAGGAUCCGAGGGAAGGCCCAUCGAAAGGACCCAAAGGUGCAUAUGGUGUUCCAAUUCAAUAUGAAAGGAGUUUUCGCUGGAAGUUGGGACAGUUCCGUUACCUGAGUCAUUCAAACUCUCUACCUGGACACGUCAAGAUCACAGUGUCUAGAGAAAAUAUGUUUGAAGAUUCGUUUGCACAGAUAAUGAGAUUGCAGCCUUUUGACUUGAGAAGACGAUUGUAUAUUAUUUUUAAGGGAGAGGAGGGUCUCGAUUAUGGUGGUUUGGCAAGGGAAUGGUUUUUCAACCUGUCCCAUGAUGUGUUGAACCCCAUGUAUUGUCUGUUUGAGUAUGCCAGCAAUAGUAACUACAGUCUGCAGAUUAACCCUGCAUCCAGCGUGAACCCGGACCACCUACUCUAUUUCAGGUUCAUUGGCAGGGUUAUUGCCAUGGCUUUGUACCAUGGGAAGUUCAUAGACAGUGGCUUCACCUUACCCUUCUACAAGCGAAUGCUUAACAAGAAGCUAACGAUAAAAGAUCUAGAGUCAAUAGAUCCUGAAUUCUAUACUUCUCUUCUUUGGGUCAAAGAGAACGACAUAGAUGACUGUGGGUUGGAGUUGUUCUUCUGUGCCGACUUCGAGGUGCUAGGUAAACUGGAGCAGCAUGAACUGAAACCAGGUGGUGCUGAUGUCAGGGUGGUGGAGGAGAACAAGGAAGAAUACAUCAGUUUGAUGACUAAUUGGCGAUUCAACCGAGGGGUUGAGGAGCAGACAAAAGCUUUCCUGGAAGGUUUUAACGAGGUUGUGCCCCUUCAGUGGUUACAGUAUUUUGAUGAAAGGGAAUUGGAGUUGAUGCUGUGUGGUAUGCAAGAGAUAGAUAUUGAUGACUGGGAGAAAAACACAAUUUAUCGUCACUACCAGCGAAACAGUAAACAGAUAGUCUGGUUCUGGAAGUUUGUACGUGAAAUUGAUAAUGAGAAGAGAACGCGACUGCUUCAGUUUGUGACAGGAACCUGUCGAUUACCAGUUGGAGGCUUAGCUGAAUUAAUGGGGAGUAACGGCCCUCAAAGGUUCUGCAUCGAGAAGGUUGGAAAAGAGACGUGGUUACCUAGGAGCCACACAUGUUUCAAUCGAAUCGACCUGCCUCCCUACCGCAGUUAUGAACAGCUUGUUGAGAAGCUCAACUUUGCCAUAGAGGAGACCGAGGGAUUUGGCCAGGAAUAACGAUACGACCUGUCCUAUGAAAUAACUGGAUGCAAAAUGACAAAAGUUGUGAUUGUGACUAUAUUCAAAAUAAUGAUGUUGUUAUGUAACAAAGAUAUUUUUGAAGCAGUGUACAGACUAACUGUAGGGUACGUACUGGUAAAUUGGAUUACAUAUUAUUAUUAUUAUUAUUUUUAUUAUGUUUCAGUAUAAUAUUGUUUGGCAAGAUUAUAAGGCACAUGUUUUGACGAAAUAAGAGACAUGCAUUUAACAGUGAUUAAAUUAAUAAUUUGUGCACUCAUUAUUUUAAUUUAUUGAAUAAGCCGACAGUCUUUGUUAUGUUGAUAAUUACUUUGGCAGUUUUAUAUAUACAUUUGUACAGAAGUUUGUCACCACCCAUAUUUCAGUUGCCUGUGUACAGUUGUGGGUUAUGUAGAUUACGUGGAACCUGAAGGUGAUGAUAGAACUUCAGAUAAUGAAUGCACUGUACAUACAUAAUAUUCAGGCCUCGUGCGAGGUCAAAAUCAAUGAGUGAAGUCACUUCUCUCUUAAACUUUUAAAAAGGCGAAGUUUUUAACAGGAGGGAGAUUUGACUUUUUAAUCUAAAAAAAGAACUCAAUACAGUUAAACCUGUCUUAAGCGGCCACACAAAGGAGUAGUCAAAUGCGACUGCUUAAGACGAGUGGUCAAUGAAUACAUGUGCAACUUUUACAGUCUCUAAUUUAAAAAAAAUAUUUUUACAGUCUGUACUGCUAAUUGAUGGAUGUGUGCUCUAGAGUUUUCUAAAAUUCCACAUGUCGCCUACUUCAGAAAUAAUAAAAUGAAACUAAAAACUGCUAAUUUAACCGUUUGGAAUUCAUUGUCUCACAAUUUCUUUUUCUCUUUUCAUUUAAUUCCUACUCCUAGUAGAUCAAUGUCAGGCUUAGAUUCACAGUCUCAGUUUCUUAGUGGAUACACAUGGUCGAAAUGUCGGACUGAAUGGGUACUAGUAACCGUGAUGGUGUGAAGAUCACUUAUUUUCGGCACCUUGUCACAUUUUGUUUGAAAUAACAUUUGUAUAGAAUUUACAGUGGCCGGCAUUUUGGCGACUUGGGCGUGCAUUUACAUUAAUGUCUACUGCUCCAAACAAAUAUAAUUUUUCAGUGUAUUUUCCGGUAGAGCAUGACCCAACCUCUCUAAAUAAAAUGUGCUCUCACAGUCUAGACCCCCACCCUUGCACAAUUUCCAGCACACACGCCUGACAAUAGAAUUAAAGUUAUUCGCUUCAACAGUCAGUAGCACAUUUAGGCCUACUUUUAGUGCCAGACAAGGGUGUUGUCUGAACUAGACUGCCUAUCUGUGAGCCUGUCGCAUGAUUUUGUGGUGCCAGUGUCACUUCGAGCUCUCAGACACUUAACACCUAAUUAUUAUCUAUGAAUAGGUGUUGCUCAAGUUAUUCACCAUUCAUCCGUAAUUGUGUAAAAUACAAGUUGUUACUAUUUUUAAAAGGCAACACAGAUUUCGCCUUACGGUAACUGGCACGGCAAAAUCAGGUUGUUCAAAGCGAAGUUUUGGCUCACUUCGUCUGCUCACAUGAGCUCUGAAUAUUAUCCAAUCAGAUUAAAGAUGCUGACCCUAGUUUCCAUGGUGCGUACCAUUUUUGCUUCUAAUGAAAUUAAUUUCAUCAGGAUGACCUAAAACAGUUUGGAUUUGUCAACUUUGAUAAAUUAAACAAAAUGUUGAUAAAUUAAACAAAAUAUCCUGACUUAAUCAUCAGGAUGACCAGAAACAGUUUGGAUUUGCCAACUUUGAUAAAUUAAACAAAAUGUAAGUAAUUUCUAAGUUAAGGGUGAAAAAGCUGUAAUAGUCAGGAUUAUUUUACAGUUUGAUAAUUAGGGUCAGUGGCUUUACACUGAAUCACAAUUCUGUAUAUAAUGUUUGUUUUUUAAAUUUAGGUGGUACUCAACUUCUACAUGAAUGUAUAUUGUCAUGUUGCCAUUUACUAUGUAAUAGCAUAUCUUUCAUUGGCUAGUCAAAAUUUCUCAAUCAUAAUGUCAAAGCGGUGGUUGAAUAAAAUUGUCUUAAGGCAAUAUUAUAUUGCUUUAGAACAAUCUGUCUAGA